UUUAAAGCACUUGACAAUGUCGAGCGGAAAAACGUAACACCUGAAAACUACAACUCCCAUAUCAAAUCUGAUAAACAUGUUUAGGAAGUAAUCGGAAGAUGGAUCUAAAUUACAUCGACGUAAUUAUAUUCAGAAAAACAGAGCAGUUGUUGAACAGUUUUAGCUGCGGUUUGCGUUAACGUUUCAUUAUGAAACGUCUCGAUGAGAAACUGUGAACGUACACAGCUCUUUCUUUGCUAACGUUAGCCAAGUUGUGGUAGCUGUAUGGUUGUGUUAUCAUGGUAGAGUGAGUGAGUGAGUGAGUGAGUGAGAGAGAUAGUUAGUUAGUUAGUUAGAGAGAGAGAGAGACAGACAGACAGACAGACAGCUCGGAGGAAUUUGAGGACUAACUUCGCUUUGCUUUCAGCACCAAGAGAGAAAAGAGACGUGGAGUGGAGUGAAGAGCCAGGACAGUGCACAUAUUUCGCAGCAGCCAACCACCGAACAGUGGUGCUAUUGAUUUCUAGCAACAGUAGCAGAGUGGCUGCAGUCCAGUCGUAGGAAGAAGGACAGAGGAGGAGUUUGGAAAGUUUACGUCACUCCGCUUGACUCAUGCUCACAAAGGUCUCUUUUUCUUGAUUAAUCUCCCCACUUUGGUGAAGAAAGAAGUAGGGGUUUUUAAUGCAGGUUGUAUAUUGGCUGCUGUGCCUUGGCCUGGCGGGGGCACUCGCUGUGCUGCAGAAGGACCAGGUGGCCCAGCAUGCCAUCAAGCUUUAUCGGGGCAAGGGGACCACACAGGGCCACAGCUGGGUGGCCAGCAACUGCAAACGCCUGGUGGGUCUCCUGCGUCAGAAGAAUGUGGUUGUCAAGAAGCUGGCCACUGCUGCAGAUGCUGUUGGAAGAGACCGGGCCCUUUCAGAACCUGAGAGGCACUUCCAGGUUCACACUCUGGAGGUUUUCCAGAAGGAGCUGAAUGAGAGCGAGCACCUGGUGUUCCAGGCAGUGCACAGCCUGCAGAGGGCGCUGCAGGGAGACUACAGGGACGUGGUCAACAUGAAGGAGAGCAGCAGACAGAGGCUGGAGGCCCUCAGGGAGGCAGCCAUAAAGGAGGAGCAGGAGUAUGUGGAGCUGGUGGCUGCCGAGAAGCACCAGCAGGAAGCUGUUAAGAGCGCUUUAGCCCAGAACAAGACUCUGUCCAUGCUGGAUGAAAUCCUGGAGGAUGUCAGAAAGGCAGCAGACCGACUGGAGGAGGAGAUCGAGGAGCACGCCUUUGACAACAACAAACAGAUGAAAGGUGUGAAUGUAGAGGCAGUGUUGAGAGUGGAGGAAGAUGAGGAGAACGGAGGGAAGAGGAAGAACAAAUCCAGGCAGAAGGAAGUGGAGGAUGACCUGGGACUGAGCAUGCUCAUUGACUCGCAGAACAACCAGUACGUUCUGACUAAACCACGAGACUCCACAAUGCCGAGAGCAGACCAUCACUUCAUUAAGGACUUGGUGUCGGUGGUGAUGUUGUCCCUACCUUGCGGCUGGAUUUGCACUCUAGUUGGUCUUCCUCCCAUGUUUGGAUAUAUCAUCUGUGGGGUCCUGCUUGGUCCUUCUGGUCUCAACAGCAUCAAGUCUAUGGUCCAGGUGGAGACUCUCGGGGAGUUGGGUGUGUUCUUCACUCUCUUUGUAGUGGGGUUGGAGUUCUCACCUGAGCGCCUUCGAAAGGUAUGGAAGACAUCAGUUCAGGGGUCAUGCUACCUGAGUCUGCUGAUGGUUGGGGCCGGUUUGUUGUGGGGACAAGUCUUGCGCAUUCGACCCACCCAGACCGUCUUCAUUUCCACUUGUCUCUCUCUGUCCAGCACUCCACUGGUGUCCCGCUUCCUGGCAGGAGGAAGCAGGGGGGACAAGGAAGGUGACCUGGAUUACAGCAGUGUUCUUCUUGGGAUGUUAGUGAUGCAAGACGUUCAACUUGGCCUCUUCAUUGCUGUCAUGCCGACGAUGAUCCAGGCACAGAGUGGAGACUUGGACAGCUUCCUGUUUGGAAGUCUCCGCGUGCUGUAUCUCCUGGCCCAGGUCCUGGCGUCUCUGGCUGCUGUGCUGCUGGUGUGUUUGUUACUCAAAUUGUUUCUGAUCGGCCCCUAUUACAAGAAGCUGCAUGCUGAGAGCAAAGGCAACAAGGAGAUCCUGGUGCUGGGGAUGGCAGCUUUUGUCUUUUUCAUGCUGACGGUAACAGAGUUUCUGGAUGUUUCUAUGGAGCUGGGCUGUUUCCUGGCUGGAGCUUUGCUGUCCACACAGGGUCACAUGGUCACCACAGAGGUCAUGGGAUGCCUCGAGCCAAUCAGAGAUUUCCUCGCCAUCAUCUUCUUUGCCUCUAUUGGUCUCCAUGUGUUCCCGACAUUUGUGCUGUAUGAACUCACCAUCCUGCUGGUGCUAACACUCACACUCGUCAUUAUGAAGUUCGUCAUGGCCGUACUGGUGCUGUCGGCGAUUUUGCCUCCAGGCUCUCGACACAUACGGUGGAUUGUGUCUGCUGGCCUCGCACAGGUCAGCGAAUUCUCCUUCGUCUUGGGCAGCCGCGCACGUCGUGCUGGAAUCAUCUCCAGAGAGGUGUAUCUGCUGGUUCUCAGUGUCACCACUCUCAGUUUGCUGCUGGCUCCAGUCCUGUGGAGAGUUACCACUCACAGAUGGGUUCCCCGGGUCGAGCACAAACCAGUCGCAUGACCAGGUGGACUUCAGGGCCAAAAGGUCCCUGCCGUACAGUAACUCUUACACAGCUGGCAGCGACGUCACGAGGAGCAGAAGCCUCAUUUGUGCAGAAACUCUCUCAUGUGAACGCGCACAACAACGAGACGCAGCCUUUUGGACGAAAAGUUCCUCCUCUGCUUCUUCUUAAUCUACCCGACUCAAUCUGCUCCAUUACAGGAGGAAAUCAUCAUCAGCUUAUAUUUUGAUUUGAGAUUUCUUGACAAAUGCCUCGGCUCAGAUUGUUAUUAAGGACAUGGGGCAGUGUUGCAUAAACGCUAUAGAUACCCUUUACUGUUUAAGGUCUUAUUUGAUGAUGCAUACUAAAGUAGUUUUAGAUUAUAUAACUGAACACCUUCACUCUUCAGUCAACAGUCUUGAUGGCUGGACAUUAUCUGUGACUUUAAAAAAAAAAAAAAAUCCUUGAUGGGAAGCACACCUGCUUUACAGUUUAGAGGAGAAGCACAAAAGACCGGAUUUCCUUCCAGCUCCGAUGCUUGUAAUGCACUUUCUCUUACAAGUGUGCAUGCACCAAAAAGAGAAGCAAAGAAGAAAAAAAUUCCCUAGUCAAUAUUUCUGUUGUUGCAUGAAUGACACUCAUUCAUAUCUGCACUUUGAACCUCAAGUUUGCCUAUUCCUUGAAGCAAUCACAUGGACCAAAUCUGAGGAUCAACUCAGCUCCAUAUACUGUUUUUCUUUUGAUGUACAUUUUUUUCUUUAUUUUUAAUAGGAAAGCACUUUUAUAUCAUUUAAAAUGGCCUCCAUCUUUACUAAAGUUCAAAUUUACGUUAUUAUAAAUGGCAGAUUCUGCUUCUGAUUGAAGUGCAAACCUUCUAUCUGCUUUAUUUAAUAGAUGGUAUGUGUAGUUUAUUCUGAUCAUUGUACUACUGUGUAUUUAGGUGUGAUAACACAUUCUAGUGAUACCUAAAAACUACAAUAAUUCUCUUUACAAAUCACAAAUCUUCAUUUCUUGUCAAAAAGAAUGAUACAUAACACAUCAGUAGAAAACUUAAGGAAUGUAGAUAAUGAAAUACAAUAUAAGGCAGCAGCUCAAAUAAACAAUUGAAAAUACUCACGACAAUUUAUUCCCUUACAUUUAAAGAGAAAUCCGGCUGUAGUUACCACUGAAUGUCAAACUUAUUUGCCUGCUCAACACUUCUCUGCGCCAGAGUAAAGACUUUGAGGGGUGUGAUCUCACUGUCAGAGAGCUCUUCUGUGGCAUCUCAUGCCCUUAAUGUCCGUGUCUUAAUUCCUAAUGUGCAAUGUAAAUGUGUGUAACACAGCCACAUGUUACGGUAUAUUUCAAGUUUAGUAUUGUUUUCAGAUGUUUUCCUACAGUAGCAUGACAAAGAGGGUAUUUGAAUUUAAACAUGUAUGUUGGUGGUCAUGACUGACGCCCGCGGGCACAAAGAAAUGCUGUUUUCAUCAAAAUGUUCAUGUAUUUUGAAAUUGUUGAAUCAAGUCAUUUAUUUAUUAAAAAUGAGACAACAAAGAA